AUGCAGGGAGUUUUUGUAGCCAUCCUCACCUUUUCUCUUGGGACAGCAGGGGCUGCUCCAAAGUACCUCUGCACCUACUAUGACAUUGUUGACUACCUGAACAUCUCCUCUCACAACAAGCUGCACACGUACAUUCUGCCCAAAAUAAACCUGAAUGAGCCUGUGGAAGUGAAGAUGGACUUCAUGCUGGUGGCAAUUCUGUCUGUGGUGGAAAAGCUCCAGACAGUCAGUUUUUACUUCGUCCUGAACCUGGAAUGGCAAAACCCAUUUGCAACCUGGGACCCACAGGAUUUCUGUAACAUUUCUGAAAUUGUUCUGCCCAUGGAUACGUAUUGGUCACCCCCCAUCUUCAUUUUAGAGCGGGUGAAUGGGCAAAACCCAGAGCUGAAUUACAUGGUCCUCAUGCACAACGGCAGCUUCAACUCCACCCGGCCCUUCCAGGUGACCCUGACGUGCAGUUUGAUAAUCCUCAAGUUCCCCUUCGACACCCAGAUGUGCAACUUGAGUGUAGCUUCAUUCCUCUACCCAGUAACAGACUUUGUCAUGAAGACGAGACGGACACCAGCUGAGAUCAUGAAUGACAGCCAGAGUUUCCUACUAACUGAUGGAGAAUGGAAGUUCACCAACCUGAGCAUCAUUGAAUAUACGGAAAUUCUGGAUGACAAAGGAUAUUCUGUGGUCACCUAUGUGAUUUCCAUGGAGAGACGACCCACUCUCUAUAUUCUGAACCUGAUCCUCCCAACAUGUGCCCUAUACUUGCUGGACAUGGCUGUGUUGUUUGGUCCCAGCUCUCUCGAGGAGAAAAUCAACUUCCAGAUUGCCAUCAUCCUUGGCAGCUCCAUGCUGGCUGUGAUUCUCAACAACAGCCUCCCUACUUCCUCCAACAAACCACCUAUAAUAGUGGUGUUCUUCCUGGGAACCUUCCUGCUCAUGAUCAUGGCUGUGUUAGACACCUUCUUCCUGUUGUAUCAGCAGCGCAAAUCCCUGCGCUUGGACAAGGCUCUCAGAAGCUUCCAGCAAGAUCCACACAAGCUGCCCAAGAAGGCCCCAGGGAACCUGGCCAAAGCAGGUCCCCAACUGCUGCACCCUCCCAAGAAGGCCCAGGGACAAGGGCAGCCGAACAAACGCCUCUGGCAGCUGCAGGAGCUGGACCCAUUUCUGCCAGUUCUGGAGAAGGUGCUUCUCUACAGCCACCUCUUCUUGUCGCUGUUCUUUUUUACUGUGAUUUCUGUAAAAUGGAGCAGUUGA